AUGUCUAUUCCGAAUGACGGAACCAAGGAUUCUUCUGGCUUCAGUAUGCCAGAGAACAUGGGGGACUUUGUGCGCAUGCUUGUGGCGCUGUCGCUUCAAGCGCCGAGACUUGACCUCACCAAGCAUCCGAUGAUGGCGCUCACGUCGGCGGUGCAGGACACCACCGUCGUCGAUCGUACCGUCGCUGCUCUCGAAAAGGGAAUUCUCGCUCGUUGCAUGGCAGAUGGGGUCAAACUGGAGGACAAGCCCGGUGAGGAUGUGCAGGACCGCGUCUGGGGGGCUCAACCGAAGCACAUGUCCCAUCGUACCAUCAUCGCGAUCGACAACCUGCCUCGCCUGAUCAAACAUGCCAUCCUUCCCAUCGCUCGAAUCCUCGCUCGUGAUCAAGACCUCAACCUCGUCACCUCUGAAGAGGACGAGAUGUACAACUUUGUACUCGUCAAAGGAGCCGGUGAUGGCCAAGCUUCCUCUUCGUCGGCGACGAGUCGACCUUUGACGACCUUUGUCGGUGUCGAGUACGAAGACUUGGAUCAAGACCUAGAUGAGAAUGGUCUCCUGAUGCAUUCGCGAGCGCUAGCCCAGUUGGAAGCCCUCUCGCGCGAAGGUUUGGAUCUGCUUUUCUUGAAGACCUUGAUCCAUCAGGUGGACAAACUGGAGGGACGACAUGCCGAGAGUGUGCUCACCAAGGUGAAGUACCCAGCUUUGCAAGUUGUGGAUUGAGGGAAAUGUCAGCUGCCCACAAAGAACUGAGUAAAGUCCAUUUCCAUUUUUUCAAAAGAUGAUCCUGCGCAUGACCGAAGCCAAGAACGCUCGCUUCGCACUUCUCAUCGCGACCCCUUACUUCUUGCUGGCCGAGCUGGGUGAGCGGGAUUGCGAUCGAAUCCUUGAGUGCUGUACCUUCAACUGGUUCUUCUCAAUCUUGACGCCAACAGUUCACGUCGAAGGCAAAACCCACCUCCUCCUCGACCGCAUCUACUCCGCCGUCGAUGAAGGUCCCGACUCUGGAUCGUCGGCCCCCUAUCGUCCCGUUCUUGCUGUCUUGCUCGCCCUCUUCAUGAAUCACUUCCCCGCAUUCAAUAUCGACGGUCCGGGAGAAGAUGUGAAGUCCAAGGUCCGAGAGAAGACGAAGGAACUUGGUUCGGCUUACGACAUGACUGGGAUGUAG